AUGCCUCCUUUCAACAACUUAUACCAUCUAAGGAAAGUAUCCCAACAACAGAGUAAACCUUGUAAUUUCUGUUAUAAACCAACUACAACAGUACUUAUAACAAGUGAUGGUUCAAGUGAUUUCUUUUAUACUUGUGAUUCACAUUUAAAAGAUCAACAAUUUGCUAUACCUCAAUAUGAUGAAGAAUAUAAUAAGGCCAAAAUAAAAAAACAAUCAUUAGAUAAAGAAAUUCAACAAUUAAAAUUAAAAUGGGAUGAACAACAAAAAUAUAAACCAUGGGAUAAUCUUAUAAAUAAAUUUAGUUCUAAAAAAGAAGAUGCAGAAAAGAAGAAAGAUAAAGAUAAAGAUUCACCAGAGUCCAAAAUUAAUGAAUUAAAUACUGAAUUAUCAAAUCAUAAUGAUAUAUUAUCAAAACCUCCAAGAAUUUAUAAAUUAAAUGAAUCCAUAUACAAAAUUAGACUUAAUAAAAAAUUGAAAAAUAAAGUACAAGCUCAAGAAACUGCAGAAUUAAAUGCAAAAUUAAAUAAUCCUAGUUUUUUCCCUUCUGUUCCAAAUAAUAAACCUGGUGCUUAA